CGGCCCGGCCUGGCCAUGGAGAACUGGGCCGCCUACAACCAGACCACGCAAUCGGAGGCGUCCCGCCGCCUGCCGCCCGUUUUCUUGAGGCGUUUUGCAGCCGGCAGCCGGCGGCCCGGCCCGGCCAGGGAGCACAGCUCCGCCUACAACCAAACCACACAACCGGACGCGUCUCGCUACCUCCCAACCAUUUUCUUCAGGUGUUUUCCAGCUGGGAGCCGACGGCCCGGCUCGGCUAGGGAGCACAGCUCCGCCUACAAGCGGACCACGCAACCGGAGGCGAAGACACCCUGCCCGUCUCUCUUUUGCUUUCGGUUUUUUCCAGCUGGGAGCCGGCGCCGCGGCCCGGCCAUGAUCAGCGCAGUCUACAACGCGACCACGGAACCCGAGGCGAAGAAUCCCCGCCGCCUCCCCUUGGGCUGCACCCUGCGGCACCUGCGGGGAUGGCGGCUGCCAGUCAAGGUGUUCCAGACGAUUUUCUCUUUAGUGGCUGUUGUUUGUGAAGAACUUGUGCAAGAAUGCUACAACUGUAGUCCACUUUACUACUUUGAAUUUGCAAGCUGCAGUGCCUUCCUUUUGAGCCUCCUGUUUCUGUAUGUGUAUUGCACUGAUUUGUAUGAGUCACUGGGGGAAGAUAAAGUGCGGAAACUGAAUUUUUUGACUGUGCUGCUCAUAGUUGCCAUUUUUCUGUCAGCAUCAAUACUGCUUUCUGCAAACUGCAAUGAGCCUGAAGAAUAUGCUGCAUGUGUAUUUGGAUUUUUUGCAACUUCUGUAUUUGUAGCUGAACUUGUCAUAGAGAUCUGUCUCAUAAUAAAACGAAAACGGAAUGUCAAGAAACACCCUGAGAAGCCUCCUAACGCUCCGAGUGCCACAGAAAAUCAGCCAUUGAAUAAAAAAAGAUAACUUCCUGAAA